AUGAGGCGGCCUGAUGCUCAGGAGACGGCCAUUUACGGUGCUCAAGACGCAAGCCCGCGGGCCUACGGAGCGGUUGCAUACGUACGCACCCACAAGGCUCCCGGGGGUGUCAGCUCCCACCUGCUCAUCGCCAAAGGUCGCAUUGCACCACUGAAGACGGUCACUGUUCCGCGUUUAGAGCUCCUUGGCUGCCUUCUCGCCGCUAGACUGUUCAAGAGCAUCUGCGACGUCAUACCUGCCCUGCAGUCACGGGUCACGUUGUGGACGGACUCUCAGAUUGCACUGCACUGGAUAAAGAAUGGGAAGAUGACUCAGUCGCAGAAUCCUCAGUUUGUCGAGGGGCGCUUACGAGAGAUUCGCCAGCUCACGGACCCGGCUAGAUGGUGUCACUGCGACGGGAAAAGCAACCCCGCUGACUUGCUCACGAGGGGAAUCACCGCGACUGAGCUGCUCCACAGCAAGCUGUGGUGGACCGGUCCACCCUGGUUAUUUGGCGACGUGGAUGGUCUCGUCGCGGCCCAAAACACAUCUCCGCAUUUCCGGAUCGAGGAGACCUGUUGCGCCAUCGCUGUUCAGCAUCGGGACCCCCUUCUUCAACUCGAAGAUCACAGCUCCCUUAACCGCGUGCUCCGUGUGACAGCGUACGUGCUCAGGUACAUCAACAACACCCGGAGACCCCAGUCGAAACACAGUGGCUCACUCUCAGCGGAGGAGCUACACUCAGCAGAGCUGCUCUGGGUCCGUUGGACUCAGUUGGAAUCUUUCCCCACUGAAAUCGAGGACCUACAGACGAGACGCCCCAUCUCUUCUUCAUCGGCCGUUUUGCUAUUGAACCCGUAUGUCGACGAGAAUUCAUUACUCCGCGUCGGUGGUCGUCUGAGGUACGCCGACGAAAGCGACAGCGUACGGCACCCCAUCCUUCUGCCGUCCAGACACCGAUUCACAGAGCUGCUCGUGCUCGACAUGCACUGUCGUCUACACCACACAGGAGUUCAAGACACACUCUGUGAAAUUCGCCAGAAGUAUUGGAUUGUAAGGGGUCGACAGACGGUUCGUCGCGCUCUUCAUACAUGUCUACAGUGCAAACGACGACGACUGGAUCCGGAAACAGCACCUGUCGCUCCUCUCCCGCGGGAAAGGAUCACACCCACGAGUCCCUUCGACGUAGUAGGGGUGGAUUUUGCUGGACCGCUCUAUGCAUUUGACAAUAACGAACAGCGGAAGGCGUACAUCGUCCUUUUCUCAUGUGGCGUUACCCGCGCGAUCCACCUCGAAUUGGCGACCGGGAUGUCCACUCAACACUUCCUCGGCGCAUUUAGGCGUUUUGCGUCCCGACGCGGGGUUCCGUCACUGAUCAUGUCAGACAACGCUCGCACCUUCCAUCAGACGUCACGGAUUCUCUCCACCGCGUCCUCAGAAGUGCAAGAUUUUGCCUCCAGGAAUCGCAUCAAAUGGAGGUUUAUUGUCGAGAGAGCACCCUGGUGGGGCGGGUGGUGGGAGAGGAUGGUCAGAUGCGUGAAGGACUCCCUCAGGCGUUGCUUAGGAAGGCGCCAUUUGACGUAUGAAGAUCUCACAACGGCCUUAUGCGAAGUAGAAUGCAUAGUGAAUUGCCGGCCGCUGACGUAUGUGGAUUCCGAUCCCGCUGCCCUGCACCCUUUGACUCCUGCAGACUUCCUCGUAGGGAAGCGCUUGACUGCCACCCCAACACCGGGCGAAGUUGCACAGCCGUUGGACGCUGGGAGACUCAAGCAUUACUUGAAAGCACAGGAUAGUCUUCGCCAGCAGUUCUGGAGCAGGUGGCGCAAGGAAUACCUCUUCCAGCUGAGAUCGGCGCAUAUGGCGAGACGGGACCCGGAGAGUCAACUGAGGGUCGGAGACGUGGUCAUCAUCCACGAAAGAGGACCGCCGCUACUCUGGAAGCUCGGCCGCGUAACUCAGACCAUUCCCGGACGCGACGGUGUCGUUCGUGCCUGUGCGGUCAUGCUGGCCAACAAGACCAUUCUUCACCGUCCCGUGCAGUUGCUGCACCGCUUGGAAGGGGAUAUCGCACCACCCGUGGCCCGGGAGGAUGUGGAAGAAAGAGGAGGAGGAGAGGGCUCUUAG